AUGCGAGGUCAAUGGUCUAACGGCUACGGCAUGCACGACUAUGAGUACACCUCCCCCCCUCACCUCCCCGGUGACCGAAAUAUCCUCGUUGGGUGCGCCGCCCGGCGUUACCACCCUUCUUGCGUGCUCGUUCGUCAGAACGUUCUGGCGAUCCUUCUGCGCUUCUUUCGAGUACACUUCGGCGGAGAGUUCGAGCUCAGCCCGGACAAGGCUGUAGUUUCGAUCUCUCGACAGGGCGACGGCAACCUGCCGGAGGAAACGGCCAAGUGUCUGGAGCAUGCUAUCCACGUGUGCCGAGAAGGAGCCGAGAUGGUCCUCAGUCACCCGGGGAGAGGAGUUGACGGCGUUGACAGCGUUGGCGGUUUGCCCAACUACCCUCGCUACGCUGGCCCUCCCUGGAUAGACGUCGAGGCGUUCAAGGACAGGAAGAUCAAGACUGUGCAGCUGUUCGGGCUUGACCACUGCGUGCGGCAUGCGUUCGAGCGCGUCCUUCCAGAGCACCCGAACAAGAUGGAGAGGUCUCUCGAGUUUGGGUUCGAGGUGGGCGGACUCAGCAGCGUUGCGAGCCUGCGCGUGGACAACGCCACUAUCGAGGUGGAAACGGAACGCGGAGUCCUGCGCGUGGUCGGCCAUCCCGCCGCGGUGGAAGAGCUUUUCGCCCGGGCCGUGAAGCUGCUGUCAGAGGCUCUGCCGGCGCUCGUCCAGUGGGUCGACAUGGUGGACAACGGCACCUUGCGACGGCUCAGCACGGACGAGGAGAUUGAAGCCAUGACGCGAGCGGGCGGCGUCGCCAAAGGACAGGUCAACCUGGCACCGAUGUGGCACAAGACGCGCAUGUUGGUGCAGCUGCUGGUGCAGGGAGGGAACCAGCAGGCGAUGGACCUAUGCUGCCUUGCAAUCAGAAAUCGCGUCAUGAAGAUCUGCGAGCGAAACGUGAGCGUGUACGUAGGGCCCAUCGCCAUCAACAAGUCCACGACCGUCCGACCCCGCAAGAGAGCGGUUGACGGCGUAAGCAAGGAGCACCAGCAAGUGUUCGUCGUCGAUCUAUCGGAGGCGGUCGGGGUCGACCUGUGGCUCGAUGGCCAUUUCGUCAGAGGAGAGGUUGACGACACGGCCGCCCGGGAGGGGUGCCAGGCCCGGCUAGAGGAACAGAAGAGUAUCCUGCUACAAGAGCUCGGCAUUCGCGAAGAAGAGGCUACAGUGGGGAUGAUGUUGAAACCGCCGCGCGGGAAGGGAAAACCGCCGCUUGUAGCUUUCGGAGUGCACUACCAGGAGCGGGACCUUCCCGUGCUGGAGGGAUUCCUGGCCUUCUUCCGGGCGUGCUUCGGAGAGGAUAUCGUGCGGGAUAGCGAGAAGUCUAUGGUCUCCGUCGUCGAAAGGGGCGACUACCGCACGACCGAGUCGGUCGCCAGAUACCUGGAGCACGGGCUCCGCGUGUGCCGGGAGGAAGGCGUUAAGCCGUGCGAUUUCUCGCUGCUGCGAGCCAGGAGCGCGUUGACAGGCGAGACGGAGGAUGCCGACCUUCACGUGUUCUGCCGAACAAAGGGCAUGGCGACCGCGCGCUCCCUCUGCAAGAUCUCUGACUGCCACGGCAUUUGCGCGGACUUGGUCCCGCCAACUGUCCUCAAAUUUUCGGCACCUUCGUCCAUUGACGGCGGCGGCGACGACGGCGAUUGUGGCAGCGACGGGGAGCAGCGUUCGUCGGGUCUGCCCGAGUACUCCGGCCCCCCUUGGGCGGACGUGGACACGCUCACGAGCAAGGACGUGAAGGUCUUCCAGCUGUGGGGUCUAUCCGGCUCCGUCGCCCCGGCGUUUGAUCACCUGGUCUCUCAGAGGACGAACAGGCCGGUGAACAGGUGCCUGGAGCUCGGGUCCAGUGCGGGCGACCUCAGCAACGCUUUCCCUGACAACUUGGCGAGGGGAGCAACGGUGCUGUUCUCGUGCCUCCGAGCUGCGGUUGAGGCCGCAACAAAUGCGCGACACGUGUUGUUGGGCCCUACGGUGUCGCUGCGCCUCAACUUGGUCGCCGCACCUCUCAACUUUGGUCCAAAGGUUAAGCUCGAAGACGGCGGUCAAGUCGUGCACGUUGCCGGUCAGCGCGCCGUCGCGGACAAGGUGUUCUGUGCCGUUGCGGAGUCCCUGUCGGAGGUCGUGCCGGACAUCAUCCAGGCGGUGGACAUGAAGAGUACGGGUGCCAUGCGAAUAAUGGCCACGAGUCAUGCAGUCCAAGAGAUGGCACGAGCGGGCGGCGCAGACGUAGACGAGGUAAAGAUGUUUCUUGUCUGGCUCGAGAAGAGGCUCGUGGUGCAGAUGACGGGUGGCAAUGAAGGGAAGCUGCAAGCGAUGUGUCGAGUCCUUCGUCACGCGGUGCGGCAAUGGCGUGCCCAGAACGUGAGCGUCGAGCUCAGCCCCAUGCUAGCCAGCAAGGCCGCGCAGCGCUAUGGCCGCAACGUUGUGGCGGGCGGUGUCAAGGACAUCCGCUACCGGUUCGUGGAGACACUGUCGGAGGCCGUGGGGGUCGACCUGUGGCUCGACGGCAUGGAGCUCAGGGGACAAGUCGUCGACCCUUGUGGCCAAGCGUCCGCCCAGGCAAAGCUCGAAACGGAGAUGGGGAAGAUGUCGCAAGAUCUUGGGGUUGCGACAAGGCUAGUCGGCGCCGAAGGUUUGAGUGUAGAGAAAGCGAAAAAUGCCUGUGUCUCGUCGAACGUCGACGUGUCUCAGCAAGAGGCCCAGUCUCCACCGGAGGCUGUUGUAGAGCGCGCCGUGCUGCUUGCCCAGGUGAGCGCGCAUGGCGUUGGCGGGCCCCUAACCCACAAGGAGGAAAAAGUCGACGAUGGGGAUGCUGCUGCCGCGGCUGCUGCUUCUGCCGCUGCUUCUACAGCUUCUCCUGCUGCUACUCCUGCUGCUGCUGCUUUUUGUGCUCCUUCUUCAGUUGCUCCUUCUGCUCUUUCUGCUCGUCCUUCAGCUGUUGCGUCUACUACUGCCUGUUCUACUCCUUCUGCUGCUGAUUCUGCUGCUACUGCUCCUUCUACUGCUGCUGGUGCUGCUUCUUCUGCUGCUUCUUCUGCUGCUUCUUCUGCUGCUCCUCCUGCCGCUCCCCGUGCCGCUCCUUCUGCUUCGCUUCCUCGAAGUACCACCACUGCUCCUGCUUCUGCCGGCCGUGUGCUGUUUAGGCCUCCGCCGCGACGGAUCCCCGCUCAAGUCCAAGAAGAUGAAACGAAUGUGAAGCAACCCUACAAGCGUUUUGAGCAGCAGCAGGACAAGAACAAGCCGCAGCAGCAGCAGCGGCAGCGGCAGCAGGACUGUCACGCACCAGAGCCUGAGUGGAUAUCCCGUGUGACAGGUGUUGGUGCCGUCGAUCCCCCUCGAAGCACACUCUCUCGCAACGCAGCGACGAAUAAUGCGAGCAUUGUUGCCGUCGGGUCUCAACACCGUGCCAGCGCUUCCGCCGCUCGUAACGAUGCUACGGUCCCCUGGAGAUCGACGACCCACUUCCGCGAUGGUAGGGGUGGUGGUGAAGGUGGGAGGAUGAAGAGUCGCGGCGCGGUACAGCGACGGCGCGGCUACCUACGCCCAGCCGUGCAGCGAGAGCCUGGAGGACUCACCCUGAUGGGCCCCUUGAUUCCAGGCGUCCCAGUGCCCGACUCCGGCAACAACAACAUAUUCCGCGGUGGAAUCGGAGACACCCUGCAAUCUCAUCAUGGUAUGCAUCAUCACCAGGAAAUCGUUUCCAGAGGCGAAGCGGUGGCGAACGGGAGCUUCGGGGGGGGGCAGCAGCAGUCGACUUUCAUGCAGCCUACGGUGGGGGUACCGGUUGUCGGGCAGGGCCCCCCGCAAGUCGUCGUGCAGCACCACGUUCACCACCAUUACGUCCACCACCAGCACCACUUCUCCGUGCUCCAAAGCCCUGGCGACGGGGCUGGGGACAGCGCGCACGCGGGGGCUGCUAGUGAAGGAAGUGCUGGGUAUCAGGCUACCAGUCACAGGUAGAUCGUGGUGCGGCGGUGGCUUGGCUUUGGCGGUGGCGAGCAUCGAGGUCGCGUCGAGGUGGUGUGAUGGAACCCCCGUGGGGGAGCGGAUGCACGUGUGUGUGGACAGUAGUGUCACGGGAGGAGGUGAUAACUCGGUCCGUAGCAUGAGCCCCGUUGUUGAUGCGGUGAGGUCAUUGGUAAAGCCUGGGCCAAACGUUUUGGUGUCGUUUCCGUUUCGUAAUAUUUAGCUGAGUGAUGCAAGCGGGCUCCUGGUGGUCAUGACGUGGAUGUUCAAUACUAGUCAAGAACUUGCAGAAAUGUUGUCGGCUUGUACUGCAUGUGUGUGUGUGUUUUUUUUUUUUAGUGGGUCGGGAGGAAGGAGGGGGGGGGGGUAUGCUUGGUUCAUCACAUGCGCACUUCUCUUCCGUGUCCCCUUCAUGAAAAGGGAAGGGUGCGGCGAUCGGACGUAUGGCGAUGUGCCAUGUAUGGAGAGAUGGUUCGGAUAGGGAUACGCGUGGCGACGAAACGCUUGCAGGUACCAUGCGAUGACUACGGUGACGGUGUGAUGAUAACUGAGGUGUUAUUGACUACUGACUCAAAUCCUGAUGUUCCUGUGGGGGCGCACGCUCUAUAAACACUUCAGAGAUGGAAGGAGCGUCGCGUCUGAGGCCAUAUCAAGAAUUAUCGUUUGUUUGCGUUUGUUUGUGCGUUGGUCAGAUUUUUGGUUGUCGUGUGAGAGCAAUUAAUUCCGUGCCGUGCGUAACCGUAGAAAGGGUCCCGUGAUCCUACCUACCUGUCGACCCUACCUCUUUCUGUGGAACCCGUCCCUCUCUCUCUGGGUGUGUUACCUCGCACACGCUUGUGUGUUGGUGACAUACUUGUGCAGGCACGGGCGGGGGGGGGGAUGGGGCAGAUCGGCAGUCAGACAGUUGUUGUAUGGGAUGACACACGGAAAAUAUUACAGGUUGGUGAUGUUGUGUGUAGCCCAUCAUGUUGUGCUAUAUUGGCGUUCGUUGUCGGUGGAGGCGGUGAUGGCGGUGGUGGAAGCUUGUUGUCGUUGGUCAUGGUUUGGUGAUAAUGAAGGUGUUGGUCGGAGUUUGCGGGCGUGGGGGUGAUGGUGAAUGGUCUUGUUGCUUUUGUUGUGAUGCUUGUUGUCAUUGGUGGGAGUUUGGUGAUGAUGGGGGGGUUGGAGGGGUUGGGGGUGGGGGUGAUGGUAUUGGUCUCCUUGGUUUCGUCGUGAUGCUGUUGUUGGAGGUGGAAGUUGUGAUGGUAUGGUGGGAAGGGGGAGGGGGGGACGGUGUAUCUCCUCCCUCAGACCAAUCUCGCUAAAUCAACAUGUGUGGCAUGACGACAAGUCCUCACGAUGUUGCCAUCGCCACUCUUUUUCGCCUGGAAAGCAAGCGUGCAUGUAUGCGUGGCCGGUGAACCACUUCGUGCAUCGGUGGGUUUGUGCGUAUCGACAGCUUGUAUGAAUCAGGGGGGUCAUUUGCUGUCAUCGGCCAUUUACAAUUCAUUGUGCCUGUUGAGAUUUGUUGGAAC